ACAACGUAUAAAUUUAAAUGAAUGUAAAUAAAAUACUAUUAAAAAACCAAGAACACCAGCUAUAAACCAUUAAUUGUUUUUUUAUCUUGCAACUAGUAACGACAGAGUGUCUCUUAACAGCGGUUGGUAUAGACGGUCAAUAAAAAUAAUUUAAAUAAGUAAUUUGAAAAAUAUACAUACUAUAUUCACCAUGAAUUGUUUAUGUUCGGAAGAGAUAAGGGCUCAAAAUCUUCAAAAUAAACGGCUGGAACGUAAUCUGCAAAUUUAUAAGCGCAAAUACAACAGACAAAUAAAACUGCUGAUGCUGGGCACUAGCGGAUCUGGAAAGUCCACAUUUUUACGUCAAAUGCGUUUUGUCUAUGACAAGGGUCAUACGGGCUACGACAGAAUGAAAUAUGUUGGCAUAAUCCAUCAAAAUGUAUUCCACGCCAUGCAAAUUAUGAUCGAGGCCAUGCAAGUUUUACGGAUUUCAUAUGAGACCAAAGAAAAUGCUUUCGUUAAUGCGGCUCUUAUUAAAUAUGUGGACUUAAACUAUCCGGUACUUUUUAUUGAUAUAUUUCGUUUGGCUCUAAAAGAACUGUGGGCCGAUGCUGGCAUACAGGAAUGUUAUAUGCGUGGACGAGAAUUCGCUCUACUCGACUCAACGAAAUAUUUCUUCAACCAUCUAGAUCGCAUAGCCGCGCCACACUAUAUACCCAACGAUCAGGAUAUUCUGCGAGCACGUGAUCCUUCGCAUGGUCUCGAAGAGCAUUUAUUUUAUUAUAAAAAUGUUGAAUUCCUCAUUACCGACUUGGGUUGUCAACGAUCGGAACGUAAGAAAUGGAUGCAUUGUUUCGAUAAUGUUACCGCCAUCAUAUAUAUGGUGGCGAUUUCAGAAUACGAUCAAUUCUCAUUGGACCCGGAGCAUCGCAAUCUCCUUAAAGAAUCUCUAGAACUUUUAAAAUCAAUAGUAUCCUAUAAAUGUUUCAACGAUAUUUCACUUAUUAUAGUUCUUAAUAAAUUGGAUAUAUUUGAGGAAAAAAUCAUGCAUUCACAUUUGGUCGAUUAUUUUCCCGAAUUCACGGGACGAGAGUAUGAUCCGCGAGAAGCUCGUUCUUUUAUAUUGGAUCUGUUUUUAAAAGUCAUACCGUCAAAACGAAGAAUCUAUUAUUAUUUUUUAAGUUCUGUCGAUGAACAUAGUGCCAGCAUUGUUUUCGUUUAUAGAGCUGUACGAGAUACGAUUUUAAAUGCAAAUUUAUACAAUUUUAAUUUAGUUUAAUGUUUUAUCUUAAUUAAUUAUUUAAUUUGUAAUGUUUAUAAAAUAUAUAAAAUGAUGAAAUA